GGAAGAAACAGGCUCUCUGCCCAGGAGGGCACAGGUCUGGGGCUCCAUACCAGGACUGUGGAAUCAUGACAUGAACUGAAGGCAGACCUUUAAACAACUGAGCCACCCAGUGGCAGCAGGUGCACCCUCCACAUGCAGAAAGAUGCCGGGGAGUUUGUGGACCUGUACAUGCUGUGGAGAUGCUCCACCACCAGCUCCAUCAUGGGCUCCAAGGGCCCUGUGUCCAUCCAGAUGAACAUGGCUGAAGUUGACAAGGUGACAGGUAGGUUCAAUGGCCAGUUUAAAAUUUACACUAUCUGUGGAGUCAUUUGCAGGUUGCAUGAGUCAGAUGACUCCAUCCUCCACUUGGCCAAGACCAACAUCAUCAUUUCAAAGAAAUUCUGA